AUGUCUGUCAUCUUCCUCACAUACCUGGAUGUCAGCAGGAAAAACAUCCCGCCUCUCACCCAGGAGAUACACAGGCUGCCCCACGUGAAGGUGGGCAGCAGAAAUGUCGUAUCGGUGAUUCCCAAGGAUUUAUUUCAAAAGCUGCCACGUCUUGUUUGGCUGGAUCUCCGGUACAACAAGAUUAAAACUAUUCCCCCCGGAGUUGGCCACCACAGGCAAUUAAAAACUCUACUUCUAGAAAGAAAUCCUAUAAAAGAGCUCCCUGCAGAACUUGGAAACCUGACUUCCUUGACAGCCUUGAAUCUGAGACACUGUCCCCUGGAAUUUCCACCCAAGGAUGUCCUACAGAAGGGAUUAAAAUCCAUCUUGUGCUUUCUUAGAAAUUCUGGGACUGGAAAAUUCUGUGUAGAGCCCACUCAUGCAGAAAUGCCAGCUAUUGAAAAGCUGAACCUAACUGAAUUGUUGCACUCCAGUUUGGAUUUAUCAGACGAAUGGUCCGGGUUGUUCUGCCUUCCGCCUUCCCCUCCGAAGCAAGAGGAGCCUCCCGCUCCCACGAGCGCUCCCCGGGCCCCUGCGCCGGGCGAGGCCGAGCCGCAGCCCGCCGAGGAAAAGGCUCCCGCAGGCAGCGCUGAGGAGCCAGUGCCGCCGCUCCUGCCGCCCCCGCCACCCGGCAGCCUCCCUCCCUACCCGCCCUACUUCGAGGGGGCUCCUUUUCCUCGUCCUCUCUGGCUUCGGCACACGUACAACCAGUGGGUUCCUCAGCCCCCGCCGCGGACUAUAAAGCGGACGAGGAGACGUUUGUCACGGAAUAGAGACCCGGGGAGGCUGAUCAUGAGCACUAUCAGACUGCGGCCAAGGCAGGUGCUCUGCGAGAAGUGCAAAAACACCCUGAACCCCGAGGACGCCAACACAGCUGGGCAGAACGCGAAAACCAGGAGGAAGCUGAGCCUGCAGGACAAGGAGCAGAAAAAGCACAGCGACUCUGACUGCACCGAGAAAAGAAACAAGAGAGAAAAGAGAGAGGAGGACAAGUUUUCUGGGGAACUAGUGCAUCGAACCCCAGUUAUAAAAAUAUCCUACAGUACUCCGCAAGGGAAAGGUGAAGUUGUGAAAAUUCCUUCGCGGGUUCACGGCUCAGUCAAACCAUUUUGUGCCCAGCGAAUAUUGCAGAAUGGAGAGGAGGACCAAGAAGAGACUAGAGACUCUGAGCCAUGUCGAGAAACCAAAUGUUUAAUGGACAAGUCAGCGGGCAGCCAGCUUGCUUCCAUUCCAAAACUGAAGCUCACACGGCCUGUGCAUUCCAGUGCAGAUGCUCCACCUCCAAAGAUCCGACUGAAGCCCCAUCGAAUAAAUGAUGGUCAGAAUGUUUCAAUUUAUAAAGCAGAACUUAUUGAUGAGAUAAAUGUCCUUCAGAACAGCAGGGAGUCCAAUCCUGGUGCAUUUUACAAUGAUGAAUCUACAGACAGAAGUUUAGCUGAGAUAUCUUCAGGGAGUUCAGGGGAAGAUGAUGACUUUAAAAGAUUUCCCCAAGGUAAAGAUGGACACGAUAACUUGGCGUUCCUAAUGAAUUAUCGUAAAAGAAAAGCAGAUUCUUCUAGUUUGUCCGUGUGUAGUAAUGACAGUCUAGAUGAAUCCAAGUCUUCUAGUUCAGAAGUAACAUCACCAGAAAUGUGUGACUUUAUACCUGGUGAUGAUGCAUCUGUCUCUUCAUCUUCAAAAGAUGAGCGUAAGAUUGUGCCACCCUUAACAGUUAGGCUACAUACGCAAAGUGUGUCUAAAUGCGUCACUGAAGACGGAAGAACUGUUUCGGUGGGAGAUAUUGUUUGGGGUAAAAUUCACGGUUUUCCAUGGUGGCCCGCACGUGUUCUUGAUAUAAACCUUAGCCAGAAGGAAAAUGGGGAACCUUCAUGGCGAGAAGCUAAAGUAUCGUGGUUUGGUUCUCCAACAACUUCAUUGUUAUCUGUUUCAAAACUCUCUCCUUUCUCUGAAUUUUUCAAACUGAGAUUUAAUCGCAAGAAGAAAGGGAUGUAUCGGAAAGCAAUCACAGAAGCUGCAAAGGCAGUAGAGCAUCUGACUCCAGAAAUAAGAGAUCUCUUAACACAGUUUGAAACAUAACUUUGCCUCUGGUAUCAGGUGAGUGUUUGCUGGACUAAUGCCUCUCAUGGAAAACUUCUUUUGUGUUUUAACUUGCAUUCACUUUUGUUUGCAUUUGUUUAUCCUUAAGGACUGAGGUUGAAACUUGUUAAACUGAAAUGCGUGGGCGUCAGCUGGUGGUGGUGAUUUCAUAGGUGAUGAUUGCCAGUAGUUUGAAACUCUAGGAAGACAUGUGGGAGCUGGAGCCCCAGAUCUCAUAGGGGACUACAAAGAAAUUAAUACACGGGAUGCAAAUCUACUGGA